AUGCGCCACUCCAAGAUUCACACAAUGCGACGGCUCGUGGCGGUGCUGCUUCCGCUGCUGCUGCUGCUCGCUCCAGCAACAUCCUGCGCGUCGUCCGCCAGUCCGCCCGUGCACCUCACCCUGCGUGCCAAGUGGCAUGCCACGCCGCUGAUUGCAGAAGCCAGUGAGUACAUGGCACGCGCUGGCAAGUUCUGGGAGUUUCUCGAUACCACUGUGCGACUGCCCUUCGCUGCCCCUUCAUCCUCAACCGGCGCUGCUCCAACUGAUCGCGCAAUGUACGCUGCGCUUGUGCACGCAGCAAGUGAGCACAUCACGCUCACCGAGAUUGCCGUCAUGGAGUUUGCUCUGGCGAUGCGCUACUACUCGGUCGCUGUCGACACUCAGUUCCAGCUUGCCAGCUCACACUUUGCUGCCGUCAUCAACCGGGCCGACUCUGGCGCGGACACGGCUCCUCGCAACCCAUGCGACCACGAUCUUGCGGUCGUGCGCCCAGGUGUCGGCAUUGCAUGCCGGAUUGCUGAUCUCGAUGCGCUCCUGCUCGGCAGCACAAACGCACCCAAUGCUCUCGCUGCAAGUGUUGCUGAUACCAUUUUUCCAUCGGAUCACGUCUUUCCAGCUGCCCGUGGUGCCUCUGCCCCGAUCAUGACAAUCAUCUUGUAUGCCUCUUUUGAGUCGCAGCUGCUGGGCGCCUUCUCUACCCGGCUGCGUGAACUCGCCAACAAUGGCCAGAUUCAGCUCGUCUUCCGCCAUCUCGCCCCUUCCACCCUUGCUUCUACGACAGCAUCAGUGACACGCGCCUCUUCGCAGCCUGCCCAGCUCAGCGGCUAUGGCGUUGAGCUGGCAAUCAAGAGUCUCGAGUACAAGGCCGUGGAUGACAGUAAAAUCUCUGAAGCGCUGCACAAGCAGAGCGAUCUCUCCGGAAUUGAAACAUCGGACGAGCUCGGCGGCUUUCUGUUUGGGCGACUUCGCGAAAUUUACCCAGAUUCGCAGGCCGACCUUGUCAAGCUGCGGGAACACAUGUGGAAGGAGAUUAAUACUCUCACCGAGCUCAAGCAGUGGGAACUGGCAGAGCUUGGGCUUCAAGCGAGUCAGACGGUUUUGCAGUCGCAAGACCCGCUGGCGUCGCUCCUCGACAUUGCGCGCAACAUGCCCUCCAUGUACCGCCCGCUCUCUCGCAUGAAGCUCAAUUCUACCGUCCAGGAUGUUAUUAUCGCCGGCAGCUCCAAGGUUGGUCAGCUUGGUUUUGGGCAGGGGACUUCCGCCCUGUUUCUGAACGGCCUGUCCAUUCCUCUGGAUGAGGAUGUUUUCACUAUUCUGGACAGGUUUGAUGCCGAAACACGGGCAUACAACCAGCUCCUGCGGAUUGGUGUUCCCUCCGAGCAAAUUGUCAGCUUGGUGCAUCUGGGCGUGCGUCCGCAACCCGUUCCCGUUGUAGCGGUCGACGUCAACUCCCCCGCCGUCAUCUGGAUUAACAAUUUGGAACGAGAUGACGUGUAUGCGAGGUUUCCACCACUCUUGAGAGAUAUGUUGCGCCCAUCGUACCCUGGUCAGAUGAAGUAUGUGCGCAAGAACGUGUUCCACUACCUUUUUGUCGCAGAUCUCUCCUCUCCCACCAGUUACAUUGGCAUCGCCCAGCUGAUUGACGCCGUUGCCCGUAUGACGCCCGUUCGCUUUGGAGUCGUUUUUGUGUCUGGUAACGAGCUCCUUGGACCAAACUCGAGUCCAUUUUCAAUCGCAAUGCGCGAGGAGGUUUCUCUUGGCAAAGGGCAUGUUGGUAGUCUUUUGGAGGUGAUUCUUCGCCUCUUCUUGCAUGCACUUGACGAACACGACCGCUUGGCUGCGAUGCGCUUCCUGCAUUCGAUCAAUCCAACGGCCCGCCAAGACCAGGCUGUCUCCUUGAAGGCAGUUCGCGCUCGGUAUGAGGAGAUGGGCUUUGACUCUGAAGAGUUUGAUACCGUCAUUCUUCCCACUUCUGGGUACAAUCAAGCCAUCGGCGACUGGAAUGACAUGGUCAACCAACGCGGCAUCUACCAGUACCCUGCCACCUUCCUCAAUGGCGUCUACCGGCCGUUUGACAUGGUCGAUGCGCCUGGGCAGAUGCACCAGGACUACUUCCAACAACUUUACCCCAUCUUGAUGGACAUUCACCACCGUGUCGUCCACGAGCAGACCGACAUGUACGCACACGCCCUGUCAAAGAACCAAGCCAUGGCCCGUUUGUCGCUGCGCGUGAUUCCCACUGACGAGGCGUCCAUUCGCUUUGCCUCGUACGAGACAACCGCAGCGGAGCAUUUCCUUGCGUCUGUCCGUUGGCUGUAUCGCAACGAAGUGGAGCAUACUGGAGCGACAUCGUUCAGCCACCUCCUGGUAGUUUCCGAUUUUGUUGCAGAACACAAUCUUCGGCUGCUCAGACAGGCCUUCACCUACCUUUCGACUGGCCAUGCUCGCAAGUCCUCCCGCAUGGCAGUCUUGCUCAACCCUUCGCGGGGCGAUGUUGACCAAGUCACCGUUUUCUGGGGGCUCGUGAUGCAAGCGGUGUCGCAGUCGCAGGCGCCGGUCGUUGCUGGCGAGUUUGCAAUGAUCCUCUUCCAACGCUUGCAUGAGCAGCUUGGUGGAGCCGCGGAAAUUGCCCAUACAUUGCCCGAGGCAGUCUCCCUGCUGAGCAAGGUCAAGAACAGCAAGCCGGAUGUCUUCGCCAAGGUGUUUGAGUCGUUGGAUGAUGCUACCUUCCGUGCAGGCCUGUUGAGCAACAAUGCUCACGUGCAAGGCAUGUUCGACACGAGUGCUGGCACGACUGUGAUUGUGACGAACGGCCGGAUUUAUGGACCCAUCUCGAGCGCAGAUCGCCUCUCUUGGCAUGAUUUCAAGCUAAUCGAGGAGAACCAAACUCGCGAAUCCGUUCGGCAACUCACAUCUGUUGUCAACGGCCUCACUACUUCGCAGGACAAGUCCAUUCUGCUCAUCCGAGCCCACGCCGUCCUCGGCAGCUUCAAGGGUGAACGCUCGCGCAUUAUUGGUCACGUGUCUGCUGCCCCAGGCGCGAUCGAAACGAGCUCCGUCAUUGCCGACCCGGUGCUUCCAAAGUUCCACGUGGUUGCUCUCGUAGAUCCACUCUCUCAAGAAGCUCAGCGCCUGGUUCCGUUGUUGCAUACAAUUCGUGAUGCCUUGCCAGUGACCAUGCGAAUCAUCCUCACUCCGGUUCACAAGAUUGACGCCAUCAAAGUCAACCGAUACUACCGCAUGGUCUUGGAUCCUCGCGUUGUGUUUGACGCUCAACACAGAAUGUCCAACGUCCCUGCUGCGCACUUUUCUGGACUGCCAACCGCUCCCUUGUACACGCUGGCGGUCGACACGCCGAACGCCUGGCUGAUUGGCUCGGUCUCUUGCAGUUACGACUUGGACAACAUUCGUCUCUCGGACGUUAAGACUGCUGUCACUGCCGUUUUUGAGCUCGAGCACUUGCUCAUUCAAGGAUCUUGCUUUGAGCAAUCUGGUGCUGCUCCGCGUGGUCUGCAGUUGAUUGCCGAGCCGCUUGUUGCGGAUGGCGCGGCCAAGGCAAAAGACACUGUUGUGAUGGAAACCAUGGGCUACUUUCAACUCCAACUGUCUCCGGGUGUUUGGCGUGUGGCCGUUCGCCCUGGCCGCCCUGCUGAAAUGUACAGCAUUGGCUUUGUGGCAGAGGAUCCCAAUCAGCAAUUCCUGCAGCUCAUGUCGCGCGGCAAGCAGGACGUUGUCCUUCGCACUGCUUCAACCGUCUAUUACCCCGACGCCCAUGUCGACAGCGAAUUGGUUGCGGCAAUGACUGACUUGCGUGGCAAGAACGUUGUGUUUUUGGCCCAACGACGACCAGCUGCAGUGCAACAAGAUCUGUUGUACGAGCUGUAUCAGGCAAGCAUUGCAGAACAAAAGGAGCAGCGUGCCCGACGAGCAGAGGCUUCGGCGGCUGCUGCGGCUGCGGCUGAGGCUGCGGCUGCGGCUGAGGCUCCAGCCACGACAGCUGAAGAGAAACCCCAAGAGGGUGGUGUCUGGGCUUCGUUCACAAACUUGCUUGGUGGUCAAAAAGCAGCAGAUCAGAAAGCCGAGGCCGCAGACUCUGAAGUUGCGAUGAUUCAGCCCCGCAUGCCGGACCCCAACCUCGAAACUAUUCACGUGUUCUCUGUGGCCUCGGGUCAUUUGUAUGAACGCUUUUUGCGCAUCAUGCUUUUGAGUGUGGUCAACAACACGCGUCACCCCGUCAAGUUUUGGCUAAUCAAAAACUACCUGUCGCCUCAGUUUAAAGAGUCCAUCCACUUUUUGGCAGAACAGUUCCACUUUGAAGUGGAACUUGUCACCUACAAGUGGCCUGCUUGGGUGUUUGCUCAGACAAACAAGAUUCGAACAAUUUGGGCGUACAAGAUUCUGUUCUUGGAUGUGCUCUUCCCUCUGGGCGUUCACAAGAUUAUUUUCGUCGACUCGGACCAAACCGUUCGAGCUGAUCUUGCAGAGUUGGCCGCGAUCGAUUUGAAGGGAGCGCCCUAUGGUUAUGUGCCGUUCUGCUCCGACCGUCGCGAGAUGGACGGUUUCCGCUUCUGGGAUUCCGGCUAUUGGAAGACGCAUUUGGCUGGACGUCCGUAUCAUAUUAGUGCGCUGUAUGUGAUUGAUCUGAUUCGCUUCCGCGCAAUCUCGGCCGGCGAUCAACUUCGUGCCUCCUACCAGCAGCUCGCCCCGGAUCCAAACAGCUUGUCAAACCUCGACCAGGAUCUCCCGAACAACAUGAUGCACCAAUUGCCCAUCUUUUCGCUACCGUCCGAGUGGCUGUGGUGUGAAACUUGGUGCUCGGAUGAGGCCAAGAAGCGUGCCAAGACGAUUGAUUUGUGCAACAAUCCGCUCACAAAAGAACCAAAGCUGGCCGCUGCCACGCGUAUCUUGCCCGAGUGGCCCUCCUACGACGUGACCAUCAAAGCCGUGCUUGAGCAAUUUGAAGCCAACCAGACCGCCGCUGCUCAACCUGUGGUGGCCGAUUCGGAACCAACCGAAAGCCAUACCGAGUUGUAAACCUGUUUUCAUCCUUCAUGCACUUCAUUUUAAACCUGAACACCAACACUUUUGUUGGGAACCUUUCCUCUGUUCGUCCCUAGCAUUGAUGCCAUGCUUGUCUGUACUUGGCUUCUAUUGGUCUUAUUAUUUUUAAAAAAGCAAAAGUUCACGCUCUA